AUGGAAAUAUGUGUGUGGAGGAUUUUAUUAUUAAUCAGGUAUAGAGAAUUUUACUUCAAGAUUUGUUGAUAUCUUAUACUAAAUUUUUUAUUGGCAUUUAUGUCUAUUAAAGAGAUCGAUUUUGAAAAAUAUUUAUUAAAGUUUCAAUCCAAAUCACAGUUAAUGCAAAUUUGGCUUAUGAUAUUCAAAAGUGAAUUUAAAGAAAAUAAUUAA